CAACUCGACCCAGACUUUCCAAGCUUCUUCCAUUCUUGUUCAGGUAUUAACCUACCCUGCUGGAUACAGUGUAGCCCUCUAGGAAUUUAUUGUAUCCUUGAUCUUUCCCCAGCUAUCUUGUCCUUGCUGCUUGUAGGCUUUGCUUUACUUUUCUGUCCCUUCCUUAAGCUCUACCUUGUCACUUCCCUUCAGGCCAGAUUGUCAAUACCACCAUCGUCCUUCCUACCGUCCUCGGACAUUCUCAAUCUGACGGCAAAGCAAUCUUAGUAAUAGUUGGUGACUUCGGUUGCGUAGCGGCCAUUCAGACAAGCGUGAUAAGGUGUGCCUAUUUCUGAGAGCCGAUUCAUCGGACAUGUGAACAGCCCAUAAUGCCGUAUUGCAACAAUGCGCAGGAAGACCAGGUCGCUUCAACCUGCUCCCCACCACAAUUUCCGGGGGAUGACACCCGGCCAACGUCUAGAAAGGAACUGGUUGGGUGGUACAGCUAUGGUUGGGCUGCAGAGGUUUUUGCAGUAUGUGCUAUGGGGUCCUUUCUCCCCAUAACACUAGAGCAGAUGGCUCGAGAACGAGGAGUUCUUUUGUCGGACAAGACGACCCCAUGUAGCGCUACUUGGAGCGCUCUACAAUCUACUUCAGUAUCCGAACCUCAGGAUCAGCUUUCUUAUGUCACAGCAUAUAUGAAGUCUGGCGUACCGAAGUCAAGCCAGUGCAUUGUUCAUAUCCUCGGUGUUGAAGUCAACACUGCAAGCUUCGCUAUGUACACAUUUUCAGUCAGUGUCCUUGUCCAAGCUAUCCUGAUCAUAUCAAUGUCAGGAGCUGCAGACCACGGAAGCUACCGCAAACUGCUCUUGGUGACAUUUGCUCUCAUCGGCUCUGUUUCCACGAUGCUGUUCCUUGCGGUCGUUCCAAGGCUAUAUAUCCUUGGUGGGCUCUUCGCAAUUAUAGCUAAUACCUGUUUUGGGGCUUCUUUUGUGCUCUUGAAUUCAUUCUUGCCUCUUCUGGUUCGCCAUCAUCCUUUGUUGGUCAGAGAACAUAGUGACGAGGAUCCGCUCGCCAGAACCAACGACAAUCAUAGUCCUACAGCCGAUGUCCCAAGUCAUAAUGAAGAUUCUGAGACAACAGCGCUGCUUCAACCCGAACAGAGUCACCAUGGCUCUUCUCCAGACGACGCAACUCAACUCUUUGUCCAAAGAACUUCUCAGGAAUUGAAGCUUUCCACAAAGCUAUCAUCGAAUGGAAUUGGUAUUGGCUAUAUUGGUGCAGUGAUAUUGCAAGCAAUUUGCAUUCUUGUGGUUAUCGAAACUCAUCAGACAACCUUUUCGUUGCGACUUGUCCUUUUUCUCAUUGGGCUCUGGUGGUUUAUCUUUACAGUACCUGCGGCAAUAUGGCUAAGUCCCCGGCCCGGCCCGCCCCUACCACAAAGGAAGAAGCGUGGGACAUGGGUCAGUUACAUGGCAUAUGCUUGGGAGUCACUUGGUCGGACCGCAAUGCGGACUCGACGUUUGAGGGAUAUAAUGCUGUUUCUGGCAGCUUGGUUCCUUCUGAGUGAUGGCAUUGCGACAGUCAGUGGAACCGCUGUCCUUUUUGCGAAAACACAACUAGAUAUGCAGCCAGCUGCAUUGGGGCUAAUCAACGUGAUAGCGAUGAUUGCGGGAGUACUUGGUGCGUUUUCUUGGAGCCUUGUGUCGCGAAUAUUCAAUCUCCAUGCAUCGCAAACUAUAAUUGCCUGCAUUGUUCUGUUCGAGCUUGUACCACUUUAUGGCCUCUUGGGGUUUAUCCCUGCGAUCAAAAGGCUAGGUUACUUGGGUCUUCAGCAGCCAUGGGAGAUGUACCCAUUGGGCGUCGUAUACGGGCUUGUUAUGGGCGGGCUUUCAUCAUAUUGCCGGAGCUUUUUCGGGGAAUUAAUCCCCCCAGGUUAUGAGGCAGCAUUCUAUGCUCUAUACGCCAUUACCGACAAAGGUUCCAGUGUUUUCGGGCCGGCGAUUGUUGGAAUAGUUACAGACCGUUAUGGUGAAAUCCGGCCCGCCUUUGUUUUCCUCGCUGUCUUGAUACUGCUUCCUUUGCCGCUUAUGCUCCUAGUUGAUGUGGAGCGUGGAAAGAGAGACGCGCUUUCACUUGCAAAGGAACUUGGCGGCAAACAGAGUUUGGAGGUGGCUCCGGACUACGGAACCGUCUCUAAUUGUUUGUCUCGUGGCGAGGACAUUCUGGCACAAAUUGAGUGAUGACCAUCAGACGGCGAGUGGAUGAUCCAUGGUCUACCUCAGGUGAGGUAGCAAUGUUUGGUCGAGAUAUUUCAUUUCCCCAGUCACUCAUCGUCUGCCCUUCUCGGGGCCCUCCGCGCCGGUUGGCAAAAGAUUGGGUUGAAGCGUACAUGUGUUUUCUAUUUGUGGCUGAACAUUGGCACGGUUAGUUGUACCGUCAUACAAUCAGGGAUAAACAGCUACCUGCUUAUCAUGAACUGC